AUGGACAAAUUGUAUAUUGGUAUACGAGCUGAAGACAAAUCUUAUAUGGAGAGAAGAACACCAAUCCCCCCUCAUGAUUGCAAGUAUAUUAUGGAAAAAGUAAUAUAAAUCAAAUAUUUGUAGCAUAAUCAAAUUUAAAUCGUUGUAUAGCCUUCAACGAAGAGAAUAUUCACGGACGAUCAAUACUUAGAAGUGGGAUGCUUGGUUUAGGACGAUUUAUCGAUCUGCAGAGCGAUAAUAUGUAUUAAGGAAAUCCCGCUUGAAAAAUACAUUGAAGGAAUGACAUAUUUAAAUUGGUCUCAUACUUUAGAGGGUGAACCAUAUAAUAUGCCGGCUUUGGAUGUGAUGCUUAAGAAAAAUAUUAGACAUUUGGAGUACGAACGAAUUUAUGACGAUAACGUAAAUAUGUAUUAUACUAGAUUAGGGUGUUAACAUAACCUCGUUCCCUUAUGCUGGUAUCGCAGGAAUCAUCACGUUCUUGAAUGAAUAUGGCAAGUAUUUACUCAAAAGAGACAUGAAUACCCCAUUUUUGCAGAUCGGUCCAACUUUCUAAUAUUAUAAUAAAAAAGAUGCUUAUGAAGCCUUAUAAAAGGCAGGCUAAGCUAUUUAAGAAAGAGGACUUCCUCCUAAGCUAGGGUUGCCACUAAUAAUUGGAGUAAUGGGUUCAACUGGUUCAUGUGGUAAAGGUUCUUUGGAGGCCUUGUCACAACUUCAGAUUACACUGGUAAACCCAGAAGAUUUGAAAGAACUAGUUAGGAACUCAAAUGAUAAAAAACAUAGGAACACAGUUUAUGUUUGUCCUUUUAAAACUACUCAUUUGGUCAGGCAUAAACAUGAUGUUCACAAAGAAUUCACAUCUCAAGAUUAUUAUGAAAAUCCAUUAGAUUAUGAACCUAUAUUCCAUCAGAAGUAUCUACCCUAUUUAACGAUUCUCGUUAACGAUAUUUAUUGGGAAUACAAGUUUCCUCGAUAUGUUACUGAUUCCUAAAUUAAAGUAAAAAAUAUAUUCUAUAUUUUAGGAAUUAUUUGAAUCUGGAAAUAGUAGAUUGCAGGCUGUAUGUGAUGUGACAUGUGAUCUAGAGGGUUCCAUCUAAUUCUUAAAGAAAUUCACUAACCCUGAUCAUCCUGUUUACUUUUAUAAUCCAAUUUCUCAAUAAGUUCAUGAUGAAUUCGAUUUCAAAUCUCAAAAUGACAUCAUGUAUAUGUCAAUUGAUUUCUUGCCAUCCUAAAUGCCAUAUGAAGCCAGCAUGGAUUUCGGAAAAGCUCUAAGGGAUAUUGUUCCACACUUGGCCUACUCAGACCCCACCAAACCUUUAGAAGAGAGUGGGCUACCUGAAUUUUUGUAAAAUGCAACCGUCACUCUACACGGUUAACUUACUUAGAAGUUUGAAUACAUCAAUGAAUUAAGAAAACUUAAUGAAACAGAAACUGACCAUUAAAAUUUCAGAAUGAUAACAUCAUACUAUUCAAACAAAAUUAAUACAAUUAAAGAUAACACCUCAAUAGACAAUAAGUCACUGUCUUAAUAAUAACUGUAACUAAAGAUCUUAUUAUAUUAGUUCUACUGAAUCUGACGCAUAGGAUGAUAGAUUCUAAUCAGAAGAUUUAUCUAGAAAGUUGCAUACUUCUUCUAGUAUAGUUGAGACUAAGAUCGAUGAAGAUAGAUCAACUAGUAAUCAAAGAACUUUCGAUGAACAAAUCUAAAUUUCAUGA